GAGGGGCGGUGGCGCAUGCGCGGUAGUGAGGAUUCUGGGCCCUACGUAGGUUGCUCUCUGGACGGUUGCGGUUGGGGAUCUAGUUCUGGCAGCGAGGGCAGUGGGCUGGCGGCUUUGGCGUUCUUGGCGUUGAGUGGGCGGCAUCUUGGGGCCCACAUGAGCCACUGGCAUGAUGCCGGCGGCCGCCGCGUCCAGGGACGUAUCGUUUCCCGACGUUCGUCAUGCAAGAAGAAGGGCGGAAACCGCAUCCCCGAAAGGUGGAAAGACUAUCUCGCAGUUGGACAGCGGAUGCCUGGGACUCGUUUCAUUGCUUUCAAAGUUCCUUUGAAAAAGAAUUUUGAAGAGAAGCUUGCUCCAGAAGAAUGUUUUUCCCCCUUAGAUCUUUUUACAAAAAUCCGAGAGCAGAAUGAAGAACUUGGACUGAUUAUUGAUUUAACAUACACUCACCGCUAUUAUAAACCAGAGGACUUGCCAGAAACUAUUCCUUACUUAAAGAUUUAUACGAUCGGGCAUCAGGUACCCGAUGAUGACACUAUUUUUAAAUUCAAAUGUGCUGUUAAUGGGUUUUUGAAAGACAAUAAAGAUAAUGACAAACUUAUUGGCGUCCACUGUACCCAUGGUUUAAACAGGACUGGCUACCUCAUCUGCAGGUAUUUGAUUGAUGUAGAAGGCAUGAGGCCAGAUGCUGCAAUUGAAUUAUUCAAUAGGUGCCGGGGACAUUGCUUAGAAAGGCAAAACUACAUUGAAGACCUUCAGAAUGGGCCCAUCAGAAAUGCGGAAACAUUCACUUUGAGGAAUUGGGAUUCCAGUGUAUCCAGAUCAAGUGGUUCUGAAGACUUGACACAUAUGAUGGAACCAGUGCACACCUCUAAUAAGUUUGUUAGCCAAGGACCUAGGUAUGAGCUACAUCGAACCCAAGGUUACCCAGUACCUUCUCGGCAUUUCCACACCCAGACUCAAGAUUUGCAGCAGUCAGUAAGAAAAUUUUCACAGAGUCAGAACAUUUAUCGGAGAGGCCGUAUCCCUCCUCCUGGGCCUCCUGGAGAGGACUAUUCACAGAGGAGGUACUCUUGGAACGCAAAGCCAAGUGCCAGGCCAGCAGCCCAGAAUGAAGGCUGGUAUCCUGGCAGUUACUACCGACUUCCGUACCCAACCCACUGGGGAUGGACCGAGUGACACACACCUAUCCUGGAAUCAAUCUGGAGUCAGAGCAGGACUGAAGACCGCGGAAGUGGCUUUUUAUAAGAUCAGAUCAAAUGAGGUUUAUAAUCUAUUUUAUUGCUCCCUUAUGUGUUCAAGAUUAAGGAAAAAUUAUAUUGAUACUUACCUCUUUGCUGAUAAAUCUGUAGUAUUUGUAACAGUGAAGGAAAUGAUCUGUCAUUCCAGUCUUAAAUUUUUUUAAAGGAAGAUAUUUUAGAACUGAUAAAGUAAUAAAGAACUUCCCUUGUAAAUUA